AUGUUGACAGAACGUGUACAAACUGAAAACUAUGAGUGUCGAUUCGCGCUUCGCUGCUUUUAUAUCGCACGGACGGAUAACGGCGGACGACUGCAGUUUCCCGUGGGUCGUAUCCACCGUCUGUUGAGGAAGGGCAACUACGCCGAGAGAGUGGGAGACCAGCACCUGUGUAUCUGGCCGCCGUUCUUGAAAAUAUUGGCCGCCGAAGUCUUGGAGCUGGCAGGCAACGCCGCCCGCGACAACAAAAAGACCCAGAAUCAUCCCCCGUCAUCUGAGCUGGCCUCCCCCCGGGGAGUUAAACAAAGCGUGUGCCCCCUCCCCAACAUCCGGGCCUGCCCUCCCAAACCCAGAAGUCCGCCACAAAAACCAACUUUGAAAUAA